UCAAAUAACUGAUAAAAAGCAAUUAAACAACAGAAGGUCACCAGGUCCUUCGCUCUGGCGUGUUAAUAGAAUAGUGCCUCCAAAAAUUACCCAGAAACAGGAAAACUCAACAGGCUGCUGAUACACGACACGCUGUGAUGCACACUCCCAGGUCAGUGCUUUGAGAGGGAAGGAUGCUGACCUGUCUUGGAUAAGGAGGAUAACGCUGGAGAGGUCGAGCUCAGGUAUAUCGAGAGUCUGGUUUAAAGCCUUGAGUCCUUUUAAGUGGUGGAGGAGGAGAAAGGACAGAGUUAAAGGGGAGUUAGUUAAAAAACAAAAAAAAAAAAGCAGCAGGGAAGAGGACAUUUGGAGAGGCUGUUGGCAAGAGACCAAGGACAGAGCAAGAGGAAAGGUGGAGAAUUCAAGAGGGAAACUUCUUAACAUUUGCUUGGAGUUCACUAAGUGGGAGGAGAAACAAACUAAUUAGUAAUAUCAGGACAGGAGCCAUGCUAGGCUAUAUAAGCUGGUAGGGCAUUUUCUUUUUCCCACUCUCUUAGCCCUGCUUUCCUUCUGUCCUAGCCAGCAAAGCAACAGCUACCCCUGAACUCAUCGGAGAGGCUAUGCUGGAAUCAGAGUUGCUGAGAAUCUGGCCCUUUCCUCCUAUUGUACUUGGAUGCAGGAAUUCCUCUAAAAACAUGCUGCACGCAGAGCUGGCUGCCCGCACGCUUCACAGCAACAAUUCAGAGAAUGCAAGAUACAAUGACUGUAAUUGUGCAGUAGCAGCUCCUUGGACAAAGAAAUACCCCACGGGUCAGAACAUCAACAUGGAAAACAGUGUUGAUGUCAAGAUAGAAACCAAAGGGGAAAGAAAGCCAAUAAAGCAGAAUCCACUGAGCAAAGCUGGGAAGAGAGUCUGCAGAGCUGUUGGGUACAUCACCGGAGACAUGAAGGAAUUUGGAGCCUGGCUAAAAGAUAAACCUCUCAUGAUCCAGUUUAUUGACUGGGUGCUGCGUGGGAUAUCCCAGGUGAUGUUCGUCAACAAUCCCCUCAGUGGGCUUAUCAUAGUUGCUGGCUUCCUGGUGCAGAACCCAUGGUGGACGCUCACAGGCUGUUUAGGAACAGUUGUCUCAACUUUAACAGCACUUAUUCUGGGUCAGGACAGAUCAGCCAUAGCAGCAGGCCUGCACGGCUAUAACGGGGUCUUGGUGGGAUUGCUCGUGGCCGUCUUCUCUGCUAAGGGAAACUACCACUGGUGGCUUCUACUGCCAGUAGCACUGGUGUCCAUGACGUGCCCUGUUUUCACCAGCGCUUUAGGCUCAGUCUUCUGUAAGUGGGAUCUGCCUGUUUUCACCUUGCCUUUCAACUUGGCCUUGACCCUCUAUCUGGCUGCAUCAGGACCCCAUAACCUCUUCUUCCCUACAAGUGUCAUUCAGUCUGCAACAGCAACACCAAACAUCACCUGGACGAACGCUGAAAUGCCAAUGCUCCUGCAAUCCAUUCCAGUCGGGGUGGGUCAGGUUUAUGGCUGCGAUAACCCCUGGACUGGAGGAAUUUUCCUGAUUGCUUUAUUUAUCUCUUCUCCACUCAUUUGUCUGCAUGCGGCAAUUGGAUCAGCAGUAGGGAUGCUGGCAGCACUGAGCCUAGCAACACCUUUUAGCAAAAUCUACUCCGGCUUGUGGGGCUACAACAGCUCCCUCUCCUGCGUUGCGAUCGGAGGCAUGUUCUACGCUCUCACCUGGCAGACGCAUUUGCUGGCAAUUGCCUGUGCGCUCUUCAGUGCCUACCUGGGAGCAACAGUGACUAACAUGUUGUCUGUUUUUGGGGUGCCAUCAGGAACCUGGUCUUUUUGCUUGUCUGCGCUGACCUUCCUGUUAAUAACCACAAACAACUCUGCCAUCUACAAGCUGCCACUCUCCAAAGUCACCUAUCCAGAAGCCAACCGAGCUUAUUACCUGAAGAUGAAGAAACAUCAGAGGUCUUGCUGUGAGGUAUAAAGACCCAAGAAGAGAGAUACUUCGCAGAUUUUAAGGCAAGAGUGCAAGGUGUUUCCCCAAAAAACAUGAUUUGUGUGCUACAAAGUCAAAAGACCAAAAAAAAAUUCACCACCUUAUGAGCGGAGAGACUUUUUCCACUGCAUUCCUUUGUGCUAUCCUGAUUAGAUAGAACUGUGCUGUGCUGGAAGGACCUUUCCCAAGACCAAUCUGUAAUGAUUCAAAAGCACAUAUGUCUGAAAAGACACUUCAAUUUUAAGCAGUGGGGAAAUGACUUAGAAGUUGAAAAGAAAAAUCAGUCUGUGAAAUCGAAGUCACAGCAAUUGGACGUAAAGCAAUAAAGAGCAGAGCAUCUCUCAGCAUCUGAUGGGACUCCUAAUUAAUGGCUAAAACCAGCUUACGACAGCAAUAGGAUACGUCUUAGAGAGCUUCAUAGUAGCAGAGAAGUGGAAUAAAGAGUACCCUUUGCUAAGUAGAAAAUAGAUAGUGAAGAAUUCUACCUGGAGGAUCUCUCAAGCCCAGUGGAGAGAGAUGUGCAUUAGCAAUCAUCACACACAAGAUGGACACAGAUAAAUUGCAGGCAGUGUUGCUAACACUGGCAAGACUUGUGGUAAAAAUCACAAUAAUGGCAGGGAGGGGCUGUCUAUCAGCCCCAGCUUUUGGAUGUUUCAGUUUGCACUAGGCUGGAACAUUUCAUGAAAAAAAUGUUUCAGGCCUACCGAGUUGCAGAGAAAAGUCUGUAAACCCAAGGCCAAGAAAGCAAAUACCAGUGAAAAGAAUCUUUUUCUAAAAAGGAAAAAAAAAAAAAGUAAUAAGAUUAAUGAUUUUAUGUUAAUCUCAUGAUUUUUCUUGAUACUUCAACUUGGUCAUGCGUUAGCAAAGGAGGGCACAGCAGCAAAGUCAUUGCUGUCCCUUUCCUAGGCAAUAAAAUGGCUCUGUUCAGCCUGUGCACAAGCAGAACUAAUUUGAGCUGAUCUUCUUGACCUCUCUCCCUACACCGUCACCCUCGGCCCACAAAUGUCAAGCAACAAGUCCGUCUGCUGCCGAAGUUGCUGCUCUGCCAUCUCCCUCCUCGCCACGACAAGAAGAGGACGGUUGGAGGACUGGUGGACGUAGCAGAGGUCUACAGCAGACCAGCCUUGUGCCACCUCUGCACGGGCUCCUGGGGUCUGCAGGUAGGGAAGGAGGAAGGUGACCUUGCACCCAACAGUGCUGGUCACUGCCUGGCUCAUCGAGAUACUUCAUCUCAUGAUGAAGCUGACAUCUUCACCAAAAAUACUCCGUACGCUCAGGUCCUUCGCUUGGCAUUAGCCUACGUGCAGUAACGUUGCCUCUGGGAAAGCAGAUCAAAACCUAUUCCUCUUGUAGCAGAGGAAAUAAAAAGUAGCCUGUGAAUAGUGCUACUGCUGAUUUUUGAGGUUGGGAAAAACACAUGCCUUUUUACAAACAUCAAAAAGAUCUGAGUGAAAAAUAUUUGAGAUGAACUGCUGGCAGUAUUUUCUGGUGAAGUGUUAGGUUUUCAGAUGUUUGACAGUAUUUCUGUAUGACUGACACUCCAGAGAUCACUUGUAAAAAUGUACCAUUUCCUGUGUUUUACUUGGUAAAUAGCUACAUAAUAUUGUGUGGAGUUAAUUUUUAAAACAAAUAUUCAUGCCUUGUUGAGUUUGGUAUAAGUUUUCCUCUAUUUAUCAUCACUAGGCUCUUCCAAAGACAGAUUAUCUCUUAAAUAAGUAGUCUAGAAGACUUUGGAAAAUAAAAUUAUGAAAU